AUGCGCUUGACUUCGUCGGUCUUCUCUGCCUGCCUGUUUCUCCUUGGAGGGGCAGUCGCAAGUGCUCUUCAUGGACAAGGUUCUGCCGGCUGCCCUGCUGACGGGUCAUUCGUCGUUCAUUCGGGGAAGCCGAAGGGGAAGGAGGUCAAGCAUGAAGGGAUCACCAUCUACAUCUCUGAGCCUGAGAAACAUAACCCGCGAGCCAAGGCGCGCAAGGACACUGCCGUCCUGUACCUGAGUGAUGUCUUUGGCCUCGAUCAUGUCGAGAACAAGCUCCUAGCCGAUAGUUUUGCCAAUGCCGGCUACGUAACCGUCGUCCCCGACCUCUUCGAUGGGAAACCCGCGCCCUACGACAUCAACGGGUUCGUUCCAGGGUUCGACAUCCCCGAGUUCCUCGCCCGCCACGAGCCCUUCGCCACGGACCCCAUCAUCGCCAAAACCGCGUCCUACAUCCGGACUAAACUGAAAAUUCCCCGCAUCGCCGCCACAGGUUACUGCUUCGGCGGCCGGUAUGCUUUCCGAGUCCUCUCCACACCGACAUUCAACGGCACGAAGAUCGCAGAUGUCGCAUACGCGGCGCAUCCCUCUCUCUUAGGUGACGACGAAAUCCUCGCGAUCGAAGGUCCCGUUUCGGUGGCCACCGCGGAGUAUGAUGAGCUGUUGCUGCCCGAGAGAAGGCACGAAAUUGAGGCGUUGUUGCUGCAGACGGGACAGAGUUAUCAGACGGUGGUGUACUCGGGCACGGUACAUGGGUUCGCAGUGAGGGCGAACGUCAGUGUGGAGGAGGAGAAGUAUGGGAAGGAAGAGGCAUUUUUGCAGGCGGUUAGGUGGUUUGAUCGGUUUGUUGUGGGGAGGAAGUAA